GAUGCUGAGACUGUCUCUGUGAAGGCAUCAACAAACCUAGACCCAAUUCUUUUUUGGAUUUUUCCCCCUUGAGUUUUUGUUGUUUCUCCUUCCCUUGCAAACACAUCCUCCUACAUCUUUGCCCUAAUUAUAGCCUCCGUUCAACAACAUUCGACAUGAUGCAGGGUGGAUCUGGAGCCUCUAUUCUCCUCCCUAUUUUGCUUCCCUGCCUACUAUUCUUCUCCAGUUUCCCCAAUAAGGCCAGUGGGGACUGCUGGCUCAUUGAGGGGGACAAAGGCUACGUUUGGCUAGCUAUAUGCAGUCAGAACCAGCCUCCCUAUGAGACUAUACCCCAGCACAUCAACAACACAGUCCAUGACUUGAGACUGAACGAAAACAAGCUGAAAGUGGUGCUUUUUAGUAACAUGUACCGCUUCACAAAUCUGACUGACCUCAACCUCACCAAGAACGAAAUCAGCUAUGUUGAGGAUGGGGCCUUCGCAGCACAAGCCAAUCUACAGGUUCUUCAACUGGGCUACAACAAGUUGACAAAUUUAACUGAAGCUAUGAUGAGAGGGCUCGGACGCCUGCAGAACCUCUUCCUGCAGCACAACCUAAUUGAAGUUAUUGCCAGCAAUGCAUUCUGGGAGUGUCCCAGCCUCAGCAGCAUUGACUUGACAUCUAACAAACUCACUCGCAUUGACCCGUCCACAUUCACAGUUCUCAGUCGUCUGUUGGUGUGUGAAUUGGCUGCAAAUCCAUUCCACUGUGGCUGCGACCUUUAUGGCUUCCUGACCUGGUUAGAGUACUUCAACAACGUGUCACACACCUAUGACCGCCUUCAGUGUGAGACUCCCCGAGAAAUGUUUGGCUACCCCUUACUAAGUCCCUUUACUUCUGGUCACGGUGGCCGAAAUGCCAAAAACAUUUUGCACCAUCACUGCAGAGAUGGCGUGAUGAUCCCAGGAAUGACAUCUCUCCCACCAGAUCUAGACGGUCCUUCUGGGAUUGGACCAGAGAUGUUUGCUGGAGUGGGACCUUAUUACCUUCAGCCCACCACCUCACCCUCAUCUGUUGAUGAUGGUGUCAGUCCCAGCAUCAAGCUCCAUCAUGUUUCGUUUUCAACAGCCUCUCUCAUUGUGAAGAUUCCAAAACCUUUCAGCAAAAUGUAUAUCCUGACACAGUACAAUAUUACAUUUGUGUCGGAUGUUAUGAAUUUGAAAAACAAGAAGGAGUUGAUCAAGCUCCAGAAGCUAAAACCUAACAACAAUUAUACCUUCUGCGUAGCCUCCAUCCGCAACUCACAACGCUAUAAUCACACCUGUCUCCAGUUUUCCACUCGGGGUCAAAAUUCAGAUGAUUUGGUGCCCUCAUCUUCAACCACUACACACUACAUAAUGACCAUUGUAGGUUGUCUUUUUGGCAUGCUUAUUAUUUUAGGAAUUGUCUACUAUUGUCUACGCAAGAAACGGAUGCAUGACGAGAAGAAGAAGUCUAUCUGUGUCAAGAAGACUAUACUGGAAAUGCGCUAUGGUCCAGAGGUGGCAGCAGCAGUGGCCAAUGAUCCAUCAGCAGUCCAUAAGCUGCAGGAGCAGUCCAGGGAGCACCAUCAGUAUCAACACCACCAUGGAGGAAAACUGUCCACCUCAUCAAGCUCUGGCAUGCUCCAUUCAGCCAACACCACAUCUUCAAGGCUCUCUUCUAUCCCUCAAGUGGAAAAGCUAGCUAGUGCUUUCUCAGAAGCCAUGGCUACUAGUAAAGGAAACUAUAUGGAUGUGAGAACUGGAGGAGCAGGGAUGGACAGAGUGGGAGAUGGUGGACAUGGAGGGAGGAGAGGGGAUGACAUGAGGGAUGAUGAUGGAACUGAUCUUGGCGAUGACUCGGACGAUGAUGGACAUGGCUCCGCUUCAGAGAUCUCCACAAUUGCCAUGGAAGUAGACAAAGUAAAUCAGAUAAUUAACAACUGUAUAGAUGCUCUGAAGCUGGAUGCAGCAGCAGUUGCUGCUUCAAGCACUUCAGCUAACCCUACUGCUUCAUCUAAUCCCACCUCCCCACCACCAACUAGCACGUCCUCUCUUACUCGUGGCCUAAUCCCCAUCUCCUCCGGGGUGACAGAGUCAUGUCAGAGUCACACUUCAAAUAAAAUAGCACCACCUCCACCACUUCCUGCAUUAAACACUCCCCUCUCUGAGCGCCCAGGGAUCAGUGGUGGUGGCUUUGUUGUUUCUCCCCCCUAUAGGCACCCACCUCCAGCUACUGCUGCACGUCCAAUUCAAAGGCAAAUGAGUGCAGAUGCAGCUGUUGUGAUGGCAAAUGCUGUUAAGAAGCAGAGCAGCACCACAUCUUGUGGCUCCAUGGGUCGAGACAGGGACAGAGGAGCAGCUAGGGUGUACAGUUUGGAUGUUCCUGAACCAAGAAGUCCCGAUGCCUGUAAUCAACAACAGCUGCAGUUCCCAGACCGAGCCAGUCCUGUGGGCUGUGGGGAGCCACUGGAAAGGCUACCAUUAGUGGGGAGUGGGGGUUGUGGUGGAGGGGGUGGUGGCGGUUGCGACAGUGGUGGUGUUGGUGCCCAACAUCAGGACAAUCAGAAGUCACAUCACUACCAUCAGCAACAACAAAUACAGCAGCAGCAGCAGCUGGAGGUGCAGCAGGACUACCACUGCUCGGAGCACCGCCACUCCGUCCCGGCUCUCUACUACCAAGGGUCACACCAAGGCUCCCCAGCCCAAAGAGUUUCUUUUCUAAAACCUUUGACGCGUUCCCGCAGGGACGCAGCAUCAUAUUCCCAGCUUUCCCCUGCUCGCCACCACACCAGUUACUCUGGAUACUCUUCGAGUCCAGAGUACUCCUCAGAGAGCUCACUGCGGAUCUGGGAGCGUUUUCGUCCAUACCGAAAAGGCCCGCGUGACGAGUCUUGUUAUGUGACGGCUGGAAAUGCUCUUCGAAAGAAGGUGCAGUUUGCUAAAGGCGAGGACCUACAUGACAUUCUUGAUUAUUGGAAGGGUGUAUCUGCUCAGCAGAAGUUGUGACUGGG